UCAGUUAAGUUUCCCACCGCCGAUCUCCGCGGCACCAGCACUAAUUACCGCAAUCGGACUGUGCGCGAUUCGCGUCGACUGUGGCCACCUAUUCCACUGACGGUAGGAAAGGUUCGUCUCACUGCGAAACACGGGCGCAGCAGGCAUUGAUAUCGAUACACCACCGACACACAGAGCCCCACGGAAAAGAUAAUGCCCCAAACACCGAUAAACUCCGUGGACGAGCAGGAUAAGCUGCUGUCCGAGGCGGUCACCGUGGUGCGCACGCAGGCCUUCCAGAUGAAGCGGUUUCUGGACAAGGAACGGCUGAUGGAAGCCAUGCGGUGCGCCUCGACGAUGCUGGGCGAGCUCCGUACCUCGCUACUAUCACCCAAGAGCUACUACGAGUUGUACAUGGCCAUUACAGACGAGCUGCGUCACUUCGAGCACUACCUGCUGGACGAGUUCCAGAAGGGGCGCAAGGUGCCGGAUCUGUACGAGCACGUGCAGUACGCGGGCAAUAUCGUGCCGCGGCUCUAUCUGCUGAUCACCGUCGGGCUGGUGUACAUCAAAACGAACGGCUCGUUAAAGCGUAGCAUACUGAAGGAUUUGGUUGAAAUGUGCCGUGGUGUACAGCACCCGCUGAGGGGACUCUUCCUGCGGAACUACUUGCUACAGUGCACCCGCAACAUUCUGCCCGACACGACCGCGCAGCAGCACCAGCAGCAGCAGCAGCAUGUAGUGAUGGGCGACGAGAACGAGGGCACCGUGAUCGAUGCGAUCGACUUUGUGCUGACCAACUUUGCCGAAAUGAACAAACUGUGGGUCCGCAUCCAGCACCAGGGUCACUCGAGUGAACGAGCCCGUCGGGAGAAAGAGCGCGAGGAGCUGAAGAUAUUGGUCGGGACGAACCUGGUGCGCCUGUCGCAGCUCGAGUCGGCCACGCUCGACGUCUACCAGCGGCUCAUUUUGCCCGGCAUCCUCGAGCAGGUGGUCAGCUGCCGGGAUGCGAUUGCUCAGGAGUACCUGAUGGAGUGCAUCAUCCAGGUGUUCCCGGACGAGUUCCAUCUGCAAACGCUCGAUCCAUUCCUGAAAUCGUGCGCCCAGCUGCAGUCGGGAGUGAACGUGAAGAACAUCAUCAUCUCGCUCAUUGACCGGCUGGCGCUGUACAAUCAGCGCAACGGCAAGGUCACGCAGACGUCGACCGGCACCGAGGUGAUUUCGGCCAUCCCGGUGGAGGUGCAACUGUUCGAGGUGUUUAGCACGCAGAUCGCCAACAUUGUGCAAAUGCGCAAGGACCUGCCGCUGGAGGACACCGUUUCGUUGCAAGUGGCCCUCAUCAGCCUGGCGCAGAAAGUGUACCCCGACCGGGUGGACUACGUGGACAAAGUGCUGGAAACCACGGCACAGAUACUCGAUCGGCUCAACAUGUCAAGCAUUUCACACUCGCUCUCGGUCAACCAGGAACUGUCCCGGUUGUUGCGGCUGUGUGUGGACUUUUACAAUAACAUCAUCACGAUACUGCAACUGAAGUUUUUUACGCCGCUACUGGAAAAGUUUGACUACACGUCCCGGAAAGCGAUCGCCCUGUACAUCGUGAUGAACAUACUGGAGAACGAAACGCUCAUACCGACGGCCGAACAGGUGGACAGCGUGCUGACGAUCAUUGCCCCACUGAUCCGCGAUCAGGACGAUCAGCCGACGGAGCGCGUCAACCUGGAGGACUUUGCCGAGGAUCAGGGCAUCGUGGGCCGGUUCGUGCACCUGCUGCGAUCGGACGAUCCCGACACGCAGUACAAAAUUUUGUCCUCCGCCCGGAAGCACUUCGGUCUCGGCGGGCAGCAGCGUAUCCGGUACGUACUUCCGCCGCUCGUCUUUCAGGCGUACCAGCUGGCGUACAAGUACAAAUCGAUCGCGGCUGAAGACGAGAUGUGGGACAAAAAGUGCCAGAAGAUACUGCAGUUCUGUCACAGCACCAUCGCGGUGCUGGCCAAGUCCGAGCUGCCGGAGCUAGCGCUGCGGCUGUACCUGCAAGGGGCGCUCUGUAUCGGCCAGAUUGCGUACACCAACCACGAGGCCGUGGCGUACGAUUUCAUGACACAGGCUUUCUCACUGUACGAGGAUGAAAUAUCGGACUCCAAGUCACAGUUUGCCGCGAUCACACUGAUCAUCGCGACCGUCGAGCAAAUGAUGUGUUUCUCGGAGGAAAAUGCCGAACCGUUGCGCACGAGCUGUGCGCUGGCGGCGUCGAAGCUGCUGAAGAAGCCCGACCAGUGCCGGGCCGUAGUCACGUGUGCCAGCCUGUUCUGGAGUGGAAAACAAAAUGGCCAAGAGCUGCGCGACGAGAAGCGUACGCUGGAGUGCCUGAAGAAGGCGGCUAAAAUUGCAUCGCAAUGCUUGGACGUCGGGGUGCAGCUACAGCUGUACGUGGAACUGCUGAACCACUAUCUGUUCUACUUCACCCGUGGCAACUCCCAGAUCACCGUGUCGAUGCUCAAUCAGUUGAUAACGAAAAUCAACGAAGAACUACCGAACCUGGAGCUGACGGAAGAGACGAAGCAAAUUGAAAUGCACUACCAAAACACACUGGCCCACAUUCGCAGCCGGAUGGAGGCGACGGACACGAGCAACCUGGAGGCAUCGUUUGCCGGCAUUGCGCUGAACUGAGGUGUGACGGAUUGGCGGCCCCUGGUCACACAUUUUGCUUACAUUACAACCGCUGCUAGUAUAGUCGAUAUUACCGAGCGUUUCGAGGAGAAGUGUUCAACAACAAUGCGUAUCGAAUACAACCAUAACUACACUAUAUACAAAACAAACAGCAUUAGGUGAAACAUAAUAGCAAUUCCAACGA